GGCUCGCGCACACUCCGUCACACCUCCUCGUUUGAUUAUCACAGCAGAUGACGCAGUGAGGACCAGUCAUUGAAUAUGGCCCCUUUUCCUGACGAAGUGGAUGUUUUUACUGGCCCACACUGGCGAAUGAAGCAGUUGGUGGGUCUGUACUGCGACAAGCUGUCCAAAACCAACUUUUCCAACAACAAUGACUUCCGAUCCUUUCUUCAGUCCCUAUGCGUCACCUUCAAGGAAUUCAAGAUGCAUGAGCAAAUUGAAAACGAAUAUAUCAUCGGUCUGUUGCAGCAGCGGUGCUGCACUGUCUACAAUGUUCACUCUGACAACAAGCUGUCAGAGAUGCUGUCCCUCUUUGAAAAGGGACUGCAGAGUGUUAAGAGUGAAUAUGAGCAGCUUAACUAUGCACAGCAGCUGAAGGAGAAACUGGAAGCUUUUACACAAGAUUUCCUGCCCCACAUGAAGGAGGAAGAAGAGGUGUUUCAACCAAUGCUUAUGCAAUACUUCACAUAUGAGGAGCUGAAGGACAUUAAGAAACAGGUGAUAGCACAGCACUGCAACCAGCAGCAGCUGGACUGCGCCGCUGAGGUGCUGAAAGGCUUCAGUCUGUGGACACAGGCUGAAGAGCUUCAAAAGGCUUUUAAAUAUGCUGAUCAUGAGAAGACAGACUAUGAUCUGGAACAGAGUAAAAGUUCUUCAACCCACAUCUCCCAGCUUCCUGCAGAAGUGAUGCUGAGGCUUUUCCAUUACUUGGGUCCUGCUGAUUUGUGUCGCUGUAGUCAAGUGUGCAGCGCAUGGUCAGAGUUGGCCAAGGCUGGCUCAUUGUGGAAGCAUCUGUAUCCUGUGCACUGGGCCAGAGGGGAUUAUUACAGCGGUCCUCCUGGGGAUCUGGAUCAGGAGCCAGAUGAUGAUUGGGUGCAGAGCCGUCAGAACGAGGGCCGCGCCUAUCAGGAGUGGGAUGAGGAUGCUGAUGUGGAUGAGUCAGAUGUUUCAGGUCACACUAAAAGCUCCAUCGCAAUCAGCACAGCUCAGCGGGAGAAAAGGCUCCUAAACGGGAUCAUCCACCACCUUCUGCCAGCUGUCGGUCCUUCUGUCAAGUCUAUUAUUCUUGCUUAUAGUUCUACAGUUUCAAGCAAAAUGGUCCGCCAGAUUCUCAGUCUCUGCCCCAAUAUUACACAUCUGGACCUGACCCAGACUGAUGUCACUGAUCUUGCUUUUGACAGCUGGUCUCAUCUUGGAGCUUGCCUCUCUCUGGAACAUCUGGAUUUAUCAGGUUGUGAGAAGAUAACCGAUCACACCCUGAAGAAGCUCUCCGUAGGUCUGGGCGACCUCACUUCCUCCAUCAGCUCUGACAAACACUCAGACCGUCGGGCCAAGUUGCUUAAAAGCUGCCCGGUCCCCAUUAAACUGAUGGAUGAGAGAAACCUGCACACGGUUGGGAGAAGGCAGCAGGCCUUUAUUUUUAAACACGGGACUGGUCGUUGGGGCUCUGCCUGCAUCCCAGCGCCGGUGUGGUUUCUGGACACUUCUGACCUUGCUGAUAUUGAAGACGCUGCAGAGUGGAGUCAUCGCGGUGGGAUGCCUUUCUCUGAGAGCCUGGCAGAGACGCAGCUGGUUGCGGGUUCCUGCUGCUGCAGGAGGAGGAGGCGGAAGCACAGGACUGGCUCCACCGCCUCAUAUUUGCAUCCACAGUUUGCCAUAUCUGGGGACAUGUUUUGUGGCCACUCCACCUGCUGCUCUAGUGACAAGGCCCUGAGGACUUUUACUGGGCCCCAAAGGGAUUCAGGCACUGCAGAACUGAGGACUAAAUGCUCCCCAUCAGGGGUACUGGAGUGUCUGGAGUCUGAGAACAGGACUGACUGCUCAAAGGCCAAACGGUCACUGAGGUUUCUCAGCCUCUCUGGAUGUUACCAAAUCACUGAUCUGGGUCUAAGGGCUUUAUCUCAGCAUGGGGGGCUUCCUGUCCUGGAGCAUCUCAAUCUGUCUGGCUGCCUCUUCAUCACUGAGGUGGGGCUGCAGGAGCUGGUGUCCGCCUCUCCUUCCCUCAAUGAUGAACACUUCUAUUACUGCGACAACAUUAACGGUCCUCAUGCCGACACGGCCAGCGGUUGCCAGAACCUGCAGUGCGGUUUCCGAGCCUGCUGUCGCUCUGGAGAGUGACUCAGCCCCUCCGACGUUCUCCUCUCCCUAUCGUUGCACUUUAUCCUGGCAAAACCAUUUACUGUGUUUUGUCAUUUGUUUCUUUAUGAAUAUGUAAUUAGCUCCUGCUAUUUCCUUACUACUACUACUACAGUGGAGAUAAUAGUUUAGAAAGAAGAAAACUGGGUGCAAAAGUACAUUUAGAUUCCUUUUGGUUUAGGAAAAACAGGGGCACAAGGUUCUAAAAGAUUUCAGUUUUGUCUCAAGCUAUGGAAAUUUGUAUGUAAAUUCAGCUGCUUUUGUAGAUAAAAGCAGACAGUUCCUCAAUGUUGGUGUAUUCAACUAUCCUAAAUGUGCAGAUCUCUGUUUAUGCAGGAGCAUGCGGGUUAUUCACAGAAUCGGCACCUCGUGAAUCAACUUCUAAAAUAUGAAGAGAAAGUUCUGGUUUGGGAUCCAGGCAGAAAAGACAUAGGAAAUAGCAGAUGAUGUUGCAUUAGUGGUUGGGCUCUUCAGUGUUCUGGACAUUCAGCUGUCCUGUAAAGGCUAUUUUUUUCUUUCUUUAUGCACUCCAGUGGGUAAAAAGAACAAAUGUUAAUAUGAAAGGAAUCCUCAGCACCAUGUCGGAGGGUCUGCGGUCUUUACAGCUUUAUGAUCCUGCAGCAAGAUUUAUCUUCUGGUUCUACAAUCUUGCAUGAGAUCUGUUGAAAUUGUUGACUAAUAAUAAAACUUUGGAGUUGGUCACUGCA